GGUGUGUGUGUACCAGUGUGUGUGUACCAGUGUGUGUGUGUGUGCACAAGCAUUGUUCUCAAGCUCAGUGCUUCUGCAGCCAAGGUCAUAGGAGCCUGGUCACAUGCACAGUGUGUGAGAGAGAGGCAGCGAGGCAGCGAACGAGAGCGAGUGAGUGUGAAGAGUAAAGUCUCUCUCCGUGUGAAAAGCAGGGGGUGGGGACCUCAUCAAUUCAUCCAUUCAUGUACGCAGGUGUGUGUGGAUGCUGUGGGGCUUUGAGACCUCGCUAUAAGAGGCUGGUGGACAACAUCUUCCCAGAGGACCCAGAGGAUGGUCUCGUGAAGGUAAACAUGGAGAAGCUAACAUUCUAUGCUCUGUCAGCUCCAGAGAAGUUGGACCGUAUCGGAGCCUACCUCUCCGAGAGACUGUCCAGAGACGUGGCCCGACACAGAUACGGAUAUGUGUGUAUAGCCAUGGAGGCGUUGGACCAGCUGUUGAUGGCGUGUCACUGUCAGAGCAUCAACCUGUUUGUGGAGAGUUUCCUCACUAUGGUCCGCAAGCUGCUGGAGGCUGACAAACCCAACCUACAGAUACUAGGAACCAACUCAUUUGUGAAGUUUGCCAACAUCGAGGAGGACACUGCAUCGUACCACCGCAGUUACGACUUCUUCGUGUCACGGUUCAGCGAGAUGUGUCACUCCAGCUACGAAGAUCCCGAUGUACGUACCAAGAUCCGUAUGGCAGGUAUCCGUGGUCUCCAAGGUGUGGUAAGAAAGACAGUGAGGGAUGAGUUGCAGGCUAACAUAUGGGAGCGUCAACACAUGGACAAGAUAGUCCCCUCUCUACUGUUCAACCUGCAGGACCCCACAGACAGUGGUUCCCCUGGCUGUGAGAAGGAGAGUCCAGCUGAGUUGACUGAGAGAUGCUUCAGAGAGCUGCUGGGUAGAGCUGCCUACGGGAACAUUAAGAACGCUAUCAAACCUGUACUAAUGCACCUGGAUAACCAUUCUCUGUGGGAGGGGAAGAGCUUUGCUGUCCGUUGCUUCAAGAUCAUCAUGUACUCGAUCCAGUCACAGCAUUCUCACCUGGUUAUUCAGCAACUGCUGGGUCAUCUAGAUGCCAACAGUAAGAGUUCAGCCACAGUGCGUGCUGGGAUAGUGGAGGUCCUGUCUGAGGCUGCUGUCAUUGAGGCCAGUGGCUCUGUGGGCCCAACAGUGCUGGAGGUAUUUAACACCCUGUUGAAACAGUUGAGGCUGAGUGUGGACUAUGAACUGACUGGAAGCUGUGACCCGUAUUGCAACAACAAGACAACUACUGACCAGGAGAGACAACUACAGGAGGCUGUCAUCAAGACCAUCGGAUCCUUUGCCAACACGUUGCCGAUCUACCAGAGGGCAGAGGUCAUGCUGUUCAUCAUGGGGAAGAUCCCUGUUCCUGGGAUAUACCCUGCCCUGGGCUCACCUAUCGCUGGGUUUGAAGGCAGUAGGAUGAUCCAAGUCAUGCUGUUGAAGUCUUUACUGCAGGUGACAGAGCGGUAUGAGAGUAGUAACAUGUUGGCAGCUCUGCCCUCGUCCUUCUUGGAGCCUCUCCUCUCCUUCACUCUGAUGGAAGAUCCUGAGAUACGACUGCUGGUACUCUCCAUACUCAUCAGCCUCAUAGACAGACACCAGAACACACACAAGUUCACUUUCCUCAGCAUCCUUUCAGAUAUCUCAGUUCUCAAGCUGAAGGUGGACAAGUGUUCCAGACAGGACAACCUCUUCAUGAAGAAGCAUGGCCAGCGUCUCUACAGACACAUUUUCCUGACUUGUUCAGAAGAGAACAGUGGGCGGAGCCACUACCAGGCUCUCUACACCCUAUUGGCUCUCCUCAGCGUGGAACUGGCCAAUGAGGAAGUGGUGGUGGACCUGAUACGUCUGGCCCUCGCACUGCAGGACCUUGCCUUGGCCAAUGAUGAGAGACUAUCUCUGUAUAAUCGCUGUGCUGUCCACGCCCUCUCUGCUGCCUACCUCAGCCUCAUCUCUCAACUCACCACCGUCCCUGCAUUCUGCCAGCACAUCCAAGAAGUGAUAGAGCUGAGACAGAAGGAGGUACCCUACCUGCUGCCUGAAGACAUCUUUAUUGAAAACCCCAGAGUUCCAGAGUCUCUAGAGCAAGUGGAGGGAGAGGUCUUGUUCCAGCAGUUUCAGAUCGCUGAGGUGCUGGGAGGAAGUGGCUACAACAUAGAAAUCCUGAACACACCGUUCACACCCCAGAUCACAGAUGAGGAUCGCCUGUCGAAGAGGAAAAGUAUAGGAGACACCAUCUCUCUUCAGAUGGACAUGGAUCCACGAUAUAGCCCAGAGAGAGAACAGAAGUCUCCAGCAGAACAGAUCACCUUUGAGACUCUGAAGAAUGCCAUCGUGGAUAGUGUGAAUGGUGAAGAGCAGGAGAGGGAGAAGAGGAGACUGGUGGUAGAGAGGUUUCAGACCGCCCCCUUCGAGGAGAUCGCCGCCCACUGUGGGGCCAAGUCCUCCCUGCUACAGAGUAAGCUGGACCAGAUCUUUGAGCUGACAAUCAGGCCGCCUCCCAGUCCCUCUGGCUCCGCCUCCCAAGGCCAGACCCCGACCCGCUCUGUUCCUGUUUACGAGAUGAAGUUCCCUGACCUCUGUGUUUACUAGACACACACACACACACCCACACACACACACAGAACACUCUCACACACACCCUGACCUCUGUGUCUACUAGAGACACACACACACACACACACACACUCAUACACACACACACCGGUCUGUAUCCUGGUCUGUCCUGGUAUGUUCCCCACUGUUGUCUCUCUUUAGUGGGGACAAUCUGUAGAAUCCAUGUUGUCUCUCUCAGUGUGGACAAUCUACAGAGUCCCUGUUGUCUCUCUCUAGUGGGGACAAUCUGUAGAAUCCCUGCUUUCUCUCUCUAGUGGGGACAAUCUGUAGAAUCCCUGUUGUCUCUCUCUAGUGGGGACAAUCUGUAGAAUCUCUGCUGUCUCUCUCUAGUGGGGACAAUCUGUAGAAUCCCUGUUGUCUCUCUCUAGUGUGGACAAUCUACAGAAUCCCUGUUCUCUGUCUCUAGUGUGGACAAUCUACAGAAUCCCUGCUGUCUCUCUCUAGUGUGGACAAUCUACAGAAUCCCUGCUGUCUCUCUCUAGUGGGGACAAUCCACAGAAUCCCUGUUGUCUCUCUCUAAUGGGGACAAUCUGUAGAAUCCAUGUUGUCUCUCUCUAGUGGGGACAAUCUGUAGAAUCCCUGUUGUCUCUCUCUAGUGGGGACAAUCUACAGAAUCCCUGUUGUCUCUCUCUAGUGAGGACAAUCUACAGAAUCCCUGUUGUCUCUCUAGUUGGGACAAUAUGUAGAAUCCCUGUUGUCUCUCUCUAGUGGGGACAAUCUACAUAAUCCCUGUUGUCUCUCUAGAAUCCCCUCCAUUGAAAUACCAAUGGAACACCCCAACCAUCAUUGCAUGUAAUCCAUGUUGUUGUGUGUUUGUAUACAGCAAUAACUCUAUAUAGUUCAGCAAUAAUGUGACAUCACAAGAGAAAGUCUGUGUGUGUGUGCGUACAUACGCUGUACAUUCACGUGUAUUACUACUGAAUGUGAACCAGUGACUAAAGUGAAUGUUAUUGAGUGUUUGACACUGUGAUGCAUCCCAUGUACUGAGGAGUGGACCACAAAAGCAGGACCAUACCGUCAGCAAAGACAACUUUUUUAAGUUACUAAGAAUAUAGUAUGUUGUUUUAAUGUAUACAAUUUCACUUAUGAAUCGGUCUUCAGUAUGAACCACAGAAAGUUAGCAGGCUGAUUCUUUGAUUCUGUUUUGUGACAUCAUACCCCCCCUGAACUAACCCACUGUGUACUAAUAUCAAUCAAACAGCAGUGUCCGUAUCUAAUCUAAUCUACUCUAUGAUAUUAUAUUCUAUUCUGCUCUGCUCUGGUGUACUCUACUCUUCUACACUACUUUGAACUCCUCUACUCUACUAUAUUCUAUUCUUCUCUAUUCUGCUCUACUCUACUCUACUCUACUCUACUCUACUCUACUCUACUCUACUCUACUCUACUCUACUCUACUCUACUCUACUACUCUACUCUACUCUACUCUACUCUAUUAUAUUCUACUCUACUCCAUUCUACUCUAUUAUAAUAUAUUAUACUCUUCUCUACUCUAUUAUAUUCCUUUCUACUCUACUAUAUUAUAUUCUACUCUAUUCCAAUCUUCUCUACUCUAUUCUACUCUACUACUUUAUUCUACUCUAUUCUUCUCUUUUCUACUCUACUAUAUUCUACUCUACUCUAUUCUUUUCUACUCUAGUCUACUCUAUUCUACUCUACUAUUUUAUAUUCUACUCUACUAUUUUAUAUUCUACUCUACUCUACUUUAUUCUACUCUAUUCUUCUCUUUUCUACUCUACUAUAUUCUAUUCUACUCUAUUAUAUUCUACUCUACUCGCUUCUACUCUAUUAUGCUCUAUUCUACUCUAUUCUAUUCUACUCAUUCUACGCUACUCUAUUAUAUUCUACUCUACUCUGCUAUAUUCUACUCUACUCUUUUCAACUAUAUUCUACUCUACUCUAUUAUACGCUAUUCUACUCUAUUCUAUUUCACUCUACUCUAUUAUAUUAUACACUAUUCUACACUUCUCUAUUCUACUCUACUCUAUUCUACUCUACACUAAUUUCUUAUACUCUAUUAUAUUAUAUUCUACUCUAUUCUACUCUACUAUAUUAUAUUCUACUCUACCCUACUUUAUUCUACUCUACUCUACUUUAUUCUACUCUUCUAUUAUAUUAUAUUCUAGUCUAUUCUAUUAUAUUCUACUCUAUUAUAUUCUACUCUAUUCUACCCUUUUCUACUCUACUAUUUUAUAUUCUACUUCAUUCUACUCUAUUCUACUCUUUUCUACUCGACUAUAUUCUACUCUACUCACUGUGUCAGUGUAAUCUCUGUUUCCAGUAAUAUUCUGAAUGUCAAUAUUUAAUCAAACUCUGAAAACAGAAUACUGUCAAACAAGACAUGCAGAGUGAUGCUGUGGCGUCUUGUUUGAGAUCUGAUACUGGAUGCUCUGAUGUUUUGUUCUCAGCGUGUGUGUGUGUGUGUGUAAGGCAAAGUGUCUCUUUCAGUUCAUCUGUUGUAGUUGUUAUACUGAAACCAAUCUAGUCACAAUAUUCAUGACCAAUCAUAGCAAAAUCAUUGAUUUGUUCUCGUUGAUGAAUAUUGGUGAUGAUGUGUGAUUCAAGGCUUUUGUUCCUUGGUAUUAUCAUGAUCAUCCAUUGAAACCUAUUCUGUUAUUGGACCUCUGUGUAUGUCCCUACCAGUCGCAUGUCGGCAUUGGUUUGUACACCUGUCUGUUAAAGUAUGGUCUUAGUGUGUGUGUGUGUUGUCUUACUCUUCCCUGACUCGGUGAUGUUAUGUCUAAUUGUUUCUCUCUGUCACAGCUGUACAUAGAAUAAUGAAUAUACAAUUAAAAUAUAGAAUUUUAACA